GUUCCGUUGGCUGCGAACAGUUCCAAUAGUCGGCCUAGUUCCUGAAUCCUUUCCAACCUUAGUUAAGGCACUCAAGAGCUCAGCAGAUGUGCGAGAAGCUCCCAUUUGAUGUCCUCGACUUGAUCAACAAUGGCCGCCGAUGACAAGGAGUGGGAACUAGAGGAAGGGAUCCCUCAGGUUGAAGACCCUUUUAUCCAACAGUACUUGAAAGGACGGGAUUCGCUUAUUCUGCAAGAGCAGAAACAGCGACAUGGUUAGUCCCCCAAGUACUUCGACCACUGGCCAAAUCGAUCUCGACUAACGAGUGUGUUUCAGACUUCAACCUCCGCAAAGCUCUGACCCCAGUCGCCGCUAGAGCUUGCAAGAUUGUGUCCCAAAUCCGCGGUCGGGAGUUGACUCGAGCCUCUACGCCUUCCUGUGGACUACCGGCUCUGGACUGGGAGCAGGUUCGAAAAACCGAUCUUUGGAAGAUCGCGCAGAGAAUGCCAAAGGGGUCCUUGCUGAACGCCUCCAUUCAUGGCCUCAUCAACGUGGAUAAGCUAAUCGACAUCGCUCUUACCACAGCGGGGCUGCACAUCUCUAGCCCUCAGCCUUUAUCAUCUGAGGAAGCGCGACUCAAAUCCCCCGUCACCUUUCAGUAUGCUUCAUCUUCAACACAAAGCGUGAAGCACAGUGUCUCCAUAUGGUCGGCUGCCUAUGUUGCUUUGGAACUUAUCCCUGUUCAGCAGGCAGUCUCUUCCUUCCCGGAUGGCGGAGAGAUCGGGUUCCGCGAAUGGCUAAAGAAGCGAUGCACCCUUGGAGACGAGCAGUCGAGCGACGCUUGCCGUGGUGCACAGAUCAUUGACUCGCUGCUGAGUUAUGAGCCCAUUCUGCGUUCCUGCCUGAGAGACGUCUUCGCCCAUCUGGCAGCGGACGGGGUCGACUAUGCCGAAUUCAGGCAUACUUUCGCUCAUGUCUAUCGACGAGAAGGAACCGACGCGCCCGACGCAGAUCAAAGCGAAUGGUGCCAUGUGUUUCACCAAGAAUUACGGCGUUUCCAGAGCACGGACGAAGGGCGCGACUUCUACGGAGCGCGUAUCAUAUGGACUACCAGUCGUUCAUUGUCGAACAGGGAGAUCAUGGAGAACAUGCAAACCUGUCUCUUCGCAAAGUAUGACUACCCGGAGGUUAUCUGUGGGUUCGAUAUCUCGGGGACAGCGAGGCCGCUGUCGGACCUCGUGCCUCUACUGUUCUGGUUCCGCAAAGAGUGCAUGGACGCAGGACUGGAGAUCCCUUUCUUCUUCCACGCUGGCGAGUCGGCGCGUGACGGGGCGCGUGCCGACCAGGAUUUGUACGAUGCGAUUCUGCUGGGGACGCGGAGGAUCUGCGACGGAUCGACACUCUACAAGCACCCGUUGCUGACCGAGUCGGUCAAGGAGAAGAAGAUCUUGGUCGAGUACAAUCACAAUCCGACCUUCAGCCGGAGCGAGCACGUUCUUCCGGCCCUGCUGUCGCGGGGUGUUUCGGUCGCUCUGUGUGGCAAUCAUCUGUCUGCUGGUUUCGACGGGCGUGGUGCAGAAGGGUUCACACAGGUAAUCUGGAGGGUGCUUCUCGGUGAUGAUGACCACGCCGAUCUUGCAGGACUGGCAAUGCUGGUGGAGAACUCGAUUCGGUGGAGCUCCUACGACGAUCAGCCGACGGGUGAAUGGCUUUCUGAGAUUGGGGAAGGUAUCCUGGGUGAGAAGGUCAAGGCCCGCCGUUUGCAGGAAUGGUGGGCGAGGUUUGAGCAGUUUUGCGAGUGGGUUACAGUCACAUUUGCGGAGGAAGGCAGUGAUGGAUAAUCGAUGAAUCUUGUAUCAUUGGGCCACGAUUAUAUUCCUUGCUCAAUUGUAUCACAUAAUGCUAUUAUAU